UCCUCGCUAGAUCGAUUCUACUUUUACAGUGCAAAAUAUGAACGGCCCUUCUCCUGCCGUACCUUCUCUUCGCUCGCUAGCGGACACUUCUCCGUGACCCAGCCGCCAGUGUCGCAGCGCGACUAAUGCAGUAGCGAGCCACACCAGCUCGAAUUCAAUCCGACGAACCCUCCCUAUGGCGAAUCGCUCUCAACCAUGGCUUCGAACGCCGCGCUCAGUCCCAAGCCGGAAACGCUGCGCCGCCAGCUCCCUAAACCGGCGGCGCCGUCGCCUCCAUUCCUCCUCGGGGCCGUCCACGCAACCCGCCGCCACGAGCUUCAUAUCCACCACGGCCUUCAUACCCACCACGACCCUCAAACCCACCUCUACCACCGCCGUACCCACGACCGCCACCUCCACCUCCCCUGCCAAAACCUCUGCCCCUACCACGACCCCUAAACCCACCCCUGUACCCUCCAUCAACGCUACCCUGGCCAAACGUUUCCAUAUUCCUCGUCCGCUCCUCGCGCCUCAUCGCCCGACCGUCGACCAUCUGGUCGCCCGAUGCCUGCUCGACGCGGUCCUUCAAAUCGCUGCUGAUAUUGUCGAAGAAGCUGCUCUUCCGAUCGUAGCUCUUCUCGCCUGUUUUAGGCGGGAUCACAACAUCAUCUUCCGCGGCACGAUUCGCAUGUCCGUUCGUUGCUGCCAUGGGAUCCGGUGUAGCGCCGUUCGUCGGACUCGUAACCGGCGAGCCUGACGCCAUUGCCUCUUUCAUAAGGUCGUCCUUGUUGAACUUCGCGUUUGCCGCGUCGAAG